AUGGAGAUCACGGAGCGACAUGAGACGCAAAUGGCUCCCUUCUCGGCGGGGGUUGACCUUCUUGCCUCUCACAGCUCUCACAACGCUUUUGUCGUUCCUUUUGAUGCCAAGCUUAAGCAGCUUGCAAUUCACACGACUCACGAGAUCCUCAAAGAAUCUUGGCCAUGGGUGAAGAAUGGUGAAGCGUCACUGCAGUGGAAGCCUUGUAAGAUGCAAACACCUGGCCGUGGCUCUCACAAUGUAGUUUCUUUAGCUGUGACACUGCAAAAUCUCUAUGCUUGGUGCAUCGAAGACUUCCAGAACGGCACUGUCCAAAUCCGUUGGGAUGAUCCUGAUGGAUGGCCUGUGUCGUCAAUUUGCGACUUGGAAGAUCUGAGAGUGCUUCGCCUGUCGUACAAGCCAGGAGACCUGGUGGUAGCACUCUUCGAAGAAGAUUACGAGUGGUACAACGCGACUGUUGUGCAGGACAAAGGUGGAAGUUUUGUCGUGCUCUGGGACGACCCUGAUGGAGGACCUGAACUUGCGGUGUGCCUCCCAGAACAUCUUCGGACCCCAGGCUGCAGCUCGAAGCUUGCAGAAGUGCAGAGGAUGGUGGAGGUUGUAGAUGACUACAAGCCUGGAGAUUUGGUGGAAGCGAUGUGCGAUGAGGAUCAGACUUGGUACACUGCGGUGGUGCAGGACCGCUCUUUGGGUGCCAAAAGGCCAUUUCUCUUGCCCCUCCAUUUGCUGCCUUGCAGUCGAGAAGGCUUGCAUGGGCUGGUGGGUGUCUUACCUCGAGCGCCGUUCCCGCAGCUGUUCAAGCUGCUCCAGCUGUCCAAGCGCUGUCGCAUGGCCAACGUUGCUGCUGCAAUUGCUGAGGCAGUGGAAGCGAUGGAGGCAGCAGAUGCAGCGGUGAUUCAAGGCGACGCGCCUUUGAUUGAGGAUGGCAAGGACGAAGAGCCUGCAGAGCCUGCUCGGGAUGACGGAGGUGCUGGAGAUGAUCAAGCCAUUCAAGCUGCCCCAGCCGAUCCAACCGUCCCAGCCGUCCAAGCUCAAGGCGCGCUGGUGCCUGCUGGCGAGAAUGUCGUGGCCCGAUCUAUGCGGCAGGAGAUCGCGGAAGGGGUCAUGGCUGCAGUGGGCAGUACGCCUUUCCACCUGCGCAUGGAAGGUAUGUUGCUCGAGCAGAAAGAGGUGCAGCGGCACGCAAUUGCGUUGCCGCAGGCCCCGAGCAUCUUCCGUGAGAAGUACGAUACCCAGAGUGACUUCACCUGGUCUCUCUUCGGCUUCAACACUUUGCUGAACAGCUUCUACGAGAAUGGGGUCAAGAACGCUGAGAACGUCGAAGCCAUUUGCGCAGGCUUUACGCUGCCAGCCACCGAGCGGCACAUCGUGGAAACUGCCCGGGAUUUGCUCGCACAGAUCCCAACCGGGGGAGGCGUCCCCCAGAGGUUCAUGGUCUUGUCGACCAUCGUCCGGGAGCACCUGGAGCAGUUCGCCGAAGUGCAGGAGCAUGACGGCGACAUUAUCUGCAAUGUGCUGCUUUUCCCAUAUGUGGUGAAUGGGGCAGCCCGAGGCUAUAAAUUGUCAGUGCCAACCAAGGACAUGUCAUGGUCCGGGUGGGCGCUUCCAUGGGGCAGUGACGGCUUGCUCAUGCCGGUUGGCCUCUACGCCACCGACGUCCUCGAGAUGGCGCGCCAAUUUGUGCAGUUGGCUGGCUUGGGGCGACGAAGCAAUGGUCCCAGAAGCUUGGAUGCCUUUCUUUCAGACGAGAACCAGGUGGUCAUGGCUGUCGAGGACAGGAACAAGGCUUGCAUCCAAGCAUCCUUCUUCAGCAAUGCGUUCCACGGCAAGCUGGAAGAGCAUGCCUCAGCAGGCGUGCGGUAUGCAUUGGAUCUUGCCAGGUACAAAAACCAGAUCCAAUACAAGCUGGUGGAGAAGUUGGAUGUGGGCUUCGGACAAUUUUUCGAUUUUGGAGAAGAAGCUGGCUAUGGACCCACUUCCUAUUUCGUCUCGGCUGAGGGGUUCUUUUACGUCCUCUGCUAUCGAGCUGCUGACGGCGAGUGCUUCAAGGGCGACUUCGACGACGACAAGUGGACCUACCGAGCUGGAUCACGAGCAGCCUGCACCAUCCAGUGGGUUGGGGAGGGCCCUGAUGACUUCAACCUUCUGUGGGAUGGCAUGCAAGUUGAAAGGGCGCUUGUGGCCACAAAGACGACAACGUCCAUGGUGCUUGCACUUCGGUUGUCCCGCUGGGAAGAUUCAAAAGGACGGCCCUGGAGUGUCACAUUGGCCAGAUGCUCUUCGGUCCCUGAUGGUGUGAAGAUGGCGAUGGCACAGUCGAACGUCCAUGCGGACAAAUACUGUCGCCAGACCUACAGGAACACCAAUGACAUGGAGCUUGCCCAAUACGCCCAUCGCACACGCCAAGUUUUCACUUCCCGCCCACAGUCGCGCUACGGGCAGGAGUCGCAGCAGGAGCCUCAGCAGCAGCAGCCACCGCCGAGCGCUGCAACAGGCUUUCCACCAGGAAUGACACCCAUGGAUGAUGGGUGGGGCGGAACCAUGUUUGUGCCGACGGCUCCAGUUCGCCCUGCCAUGCCUGCUUUUCAGCCGUUCUGGAGUCAGCAGACUUGGCAGCAGCAGCCGUCCCAGCCGUCACAGCCGUCCCAGCCGUCCCAUAGCAGGGACAAGGCCAGCAUGGACAGGGCCGGCGCAACCAGGGGCAGAAUCAGGGGCAGAAUCAGGGCUGGUGGAACUGAGAAGCGAUUUUUUUCAAAGUGCAGUGCGGCAACAGCCGCUUUAAUUCAUUGGAUUAGUGCCGGCACGUCGCUGGUGCUAUUGGCCGCAGCUGUCCAGCCUUUAGCCGUCCAAGCUAUUUUUGCUUGGCUUCUUCCAACUGAGCAUGGUUCAAAGCCUUUCACCGAUGUUUAA